GGAGAGAAGAUUCCGCAGAUCAUUAUCAUCAUUACAACUUAUUUAGCCUUGGGUUUCAGGGAACACUGAGAGUUUAUACUAGUAAUGUGAAAGCAUGCACUGACUACAAGACGAUCCGAGUCUCUACACAAUGUACCACACGUUCCGUAAUCGAUACGGUUCUCAGCAAAUUCAAGAUCUCGUGCAGAGACACGAACCUCUUUGAACUGUGGAUGGAGGUCACCACCAAGGCCAAUGGAAAAGCGGUACGGACAAUCCUGCGGUUAGACCAUUCCGCUAGACCAUUAGAAUUGCAGAGGUGUCAUCCAGCGAACAUGUCGCGGUUUAUGCUCCACAUGACAUCAGAAGGAACGUUGGUCAGGGUGCAUGAUCAUAACAUUUCUCCUCAGGUUGGGAUCUACAAUUUCAAUAUGGUCUUGCUCUAA